AUGGUUGAGCCUUCCGAGAGUGACGCGCUGCUGUCAUCGUCCCCUUCGACAUUGCACGUGUCCAUUACAGCCGUCGAUGACGUUGAAAACGACAGUGACACGCCGUCCUCUGGUCACGAUGUCGUCGUCAGUGAUGCCCCCGGUCGCCACUAUGCGGCUCUGACGCGCUCGGCCUCUUCGCUGCGCUCUCCAUCGUCGAUCCUACGCUCACCCAUGGCUCGUUUUACACUUGAUGGACCAAGCUGGAAAUCUCCAAGUCGACACGCUGUGUCUCUGCCUCCACCCGAUCAAACGCUGGGUGUCCUACGCACUCAUUCAUUUCCAAGUGAUUUGUACUCGGGCGCUCGAUUCUCGCGCUUUGAGAUUGAAGAAGCGCUGCGACAACGCAAUGGAACAACGUUGUUGGAUUGGCUGAAAGGCAAGGGACGCAAUCCUUUCUCAGCUGCUACGCGCAAACAGGAACAAAAGGGAAAAGAUCGCGAGAAACGGACCAAGGCACAACAUCGUGAGUCAUUUAGUUAUGACUUUUUUGAAAGUCGAGUGAAUAUGCAGCACGAUCAAGAACAAACGGAAGGUGCCAUUCGAUCGCUCAAUAUUGCACGAUGGGUCAUGACGUUUCUAGUCGGUCUAAGCACUGCUUUGGUUGCGUGCUUUGUUGAAUUUUGGACGUCAUUGCUAUCUACGUUUCGUACUUCAACGAUGGAAUCGUUUGUAGCUGGCGAGCUCAACGGGUCACACGCUUUUGGCUCGGGUUACUUUGUCUACGCGCUCAUGAGUGUGGGGUUCGUAUCCGUUGCUAGCUACUGCGUUGCUAUUCUGUGUCCAGUUGCUGGUGGGUCCGGCAUCUCGGAGAUUAAAGCAACAUUGAACGGUAUCAAGAUUCACCGUGUGGUCCGGCUGAAAACGCUGUUUUGCAAGGCGUUCGGGAUCCUCUUUAGUGUGGCUGGAGGACUACCGAGCGGUAAAGAAGGCCCAAUGAUUCACAGCGGCGCCAUCAUUGGUGCUGGUCUAUCACAAGGCAAGUCCUCGAGCUUUGGAGUCGACACAAGCUGGACCAAGUUCAAAGGCUUUCGCAACGACAAGGAGAAGCGUGAUUUUAUCUCGUGUGGUGCUGCUGCUGGUGUGGCAGCUGCAUUUGGUGCUCCUAUCGGCGGUGUUCUGUUCGCACUGGAGGAGGGUGCCUCCUUUUGGCACCAAAACCUCACGUGGCGCACGUUCUUCUGCGCCAUGGUGUCUGCAUUCGUGCUGAAUUACUUCAUGACCUUUAUAGAGGCGAGCGAGUCGGACGAACCGACAUCUAAUGUGGGGCAUGUGUUCAUUGGCGGCACCAUGGGUACUCAAACGGGCACCUUUUCUUUCGGCCAGUUCAAAGGCAGCAUGGCCUACGAGGUGCUUGACGUUCCUGUGUUUAUCGUGAUGGGCAUGGUAGGUGGACUGGCGGGUGCUGCUUUCAACGGUGCCAACACGGUAUUAACCGAUUUCCGGAAGCAUUACGUGACUCACCGCUACUUGCGUUUCGGCGAGGCGUUGCUGAUCGCUUUCAGCAUGGCGACGGCAUCGUUCUGGCUUUCGUACUACUUUGGCACGUGUCUCGACCUCGCCGGCGACUACAGCGACUCGCUUUCGCGGUUUUAUUGUCCGAAGGGUCAGUAUAAUGAUUUGGCGUCACUCUUCACCGUGAAUUACGCUACUAGCAUGAAGCAGUUGCUGCACUUUACUGGCGAAGGUAGUUUCACGCUGUUCUCAUUGUGCAUGUUCUUUGUCGUGUUCUACAUGUUCGCAUGCUGGACCUACGGUAUUGCUGUGCCAUCGGGUCUGUUCGUGCCCAGCUUACUUGCUGGCGCAGCCUAUGGCCGCGUUUUUGUGAAGUUCGUUCACUACCUGGGCUUUCCUGUUGGCGCUCAAGAUGGUAUGUUCGCUCUGAUUGGUGCUGCCAGCAUGCUUGGUGGUAUGGCACGUAUGACAAUCUCGCUGACAGUAAUCAUCCUCGAGUGUACGGGAGUGAUCGAGUGGGGUCUUCCCAUCAUGGUGGCCCUAAUGGCUGCUCGCUGGGUCGGCAACAGUUUCAACGAGGGUCUGUACGACAUCCACAUUCACUUGAACCACUUGCCGUUUCUUGAAUUUGAUCCGCCCUACUACGCGCGCUUCCUGCGCGCCCUCAACGUCAUGAGCUCGCCUCCAACGUGCGUUCCACAGAUCGCCAAGGUCGGUGAGAUUUACGAUGUGCUCAAGAAAUGUAACCACGGUGGUUUUCCAGUGAUUGUGCCCCGCAGUCAGGACGCUGCUGGUGAUGGGCAACGGCCUAACUUUGGUGCGAGACGAAAAUCUCCUCGCUUUUCUGGUAUCAUCAAUCGACACCAUUUGUCUGUGCUACUUCAGCGCAAAGACUUUUUUGUGGAGAAACCGGAACCCUUUGUUCGUAUUCCUGCUGGUGACACGACGCUGUUGUACAACGACCAGUACGCGCUAUCAUAUCGGGACAUGGAAGGCAGCUACCCGCGAUACCCGUCUGUCAACGACAUUCAACUAGACGAGGAGGAGCGUAACUUGUGGAUGGAUCUUACCCCAUACAUGAACCCGACGCCCCAUACUGUUCAGGAGCAGACUCCAGUGCCGCGUGCAUUCCGUUUGUUCCGAUCAUUGGGAUUGCGUCAUCUCAUUGUGCUUAACCGACGUAAUGAAGUGCGUGGAUUGAUUACAAGGAAAGACCUGACACCAGCGCAUCUCAAGUUUUGCCUUGAGGGAUUGAGUGAGACAGAGAAGCAGCGGAUUCAAGGAUACUUUCACCGCGAUCGUUCUGGUUCCGAGCGCUUUGAAGAUGUGGAGAAGAAGCUGAUCAGCAUUACCGACAAUUCCUAA